AUGGCCGGAUUCAUGGGUAGUCCAGAAGGAGACGAGACCAAAUCACUCCUUGAAAAAGUACAGACCAAAGAUGAUUUUCACACCAAACGGUGGCGUUGCCUAUCGCACCCAACACGUGCCUUGGAGACGUUGUCACCAGUAGCAAUCCUGGAGAUUGGCAUCUUGAAUGCGCGUGAUCUCGCAGAGAGAGAAAGUGGCUACUGGCGAUCGGCGGACACAACGGCCGACUCCUUCGUGCAAGUGGUGUUGGACGAUCAGGAACUCGAGAAGUGCAUCACUCCAGUUGCCAGGGCCAAAAAGCAGCCCAUGUGGCUCUAUCAUUGCGAGGUGGACAUCCUUGCUCCCAUGUCUAUGAUUCGCUUGCAGGUCUUUGAUGACCAGCCAACCGAAAAGGUCCAGAUCGGCUUCGUUGACAUUUGUGUGGGGGACAUUCCGCAUGACAAGACCAUCGAGGGAUGGUUCGAGCUGCGCUUCCAGGACAAUUUUCAGUCGACGAGCAUGGACCGCUACAACCACCACUGCUUGAUGCGAGAGGAGGAAGUCAGCCAGCGGGAGUUCCGAGAGGAGCAGAGCAAGAAGGAGAAGGGUAAUCAGCCCACAAACCCAGAAGCGCUUGAGGAGGGGAACAAGGUCACCGAGAAGCUUGUGGUGAAGAAGCAAUUCUUUGCCUCCAGCAAGGAGAGGGCCAUGGACGCCUUCCAAGCUUGUGUCCACUCGACUGCUGACCGGGCAGAGGAAUAUGGCUUCCAGACCUUGAGCGCCAGCCUGAAGGAGGGCGGCACCAGGGAACGGUAUCGCAGCAACAAUGGCGAACUGUACAUCUCGCUGAAGCUCAAGACAGUCGUUUCCAGCGCUGACAGCCUCUUCGCGCUUGCAUUGGAUGCGCCACCGCCGGUCAACAUGGGCAUCCGUGAGACCACGGAACUCAAGAGGACCCCAGACAUCCAGCAAUGCGUGGACGAAGCAUGGGAGGUGAAGGUGAAGUUGCUGGAUGAUGCCUUGUUGUGCUGCAUGUACGGUUUCAAGUACCUCAUUAGCUGGCGUUGCUGGCCGCUUUCACUUUUGUACUUCCUUGGACUGCUUGUGUGCUGCUACAAGUCCUACUGGUGGUGGGCAAUCAUACCCGCCCUUCUCUCAGUCUCCCUAGUCGUCAAUUCCUUCCCGGAGCAGCGCAAGUACAUGACUCGGGGCGGUCAGAAUGCAGACCUCACAGAGGAGGGCUUCAAGCACACAGCUUCUUGGCGCAACACGGACGAGGUUCAAAAGUUCAUAUUGCGCCUUCUCACGGAAGACAUGAAGGCUAGGCUGGACAAUCCGCGCAACUCCCACAAGUUGCGUGCCUUCGCCGCCCAGUGCAUGCGUGACGGUGUGCCGACAGUGUCGCUCUCAGAGCUGCGCCUCGCACUCAUGGCUGCACCGUUUGUGGUCGCUGAAGACAAUGUUGCGACCUUCCAACGCAACGACCUCGUGUGGGUAGAUGGCCGUGAGCGCGGCACGAUUCUCGAGCUGACCGCGCCUGAAAACAUAACCGUGGAGCUCCAGCCCACGCUGUUGGAUCCCGAGAAGCAUGUGAAGGUGGUACACCAGCGCCAGCUCACUAAGAGGGGCGAAAGCAUCCCUAACCUUCCCAAGUGGGCCUCCGACUUGGCCGUGUCCUCCGCCAUGGUGCAGAUCUACCCUCCGCUUGAGGGCAUCCGCCACGGCUUGUUGCCUGUGAUCGCCACGGUAACGGACAUCCUCACAUGGAAGAACAAGUCUGUGGCCGUUGGAUUGCUUGUUGUCCUGCUCUCGGUGUCCGCCCUUUUCUUCUGGGCGGCCAUCAUGCAUGUCAUCCACAGCAAUGGCAAGGGGAACCUCUCUUACGCUCAGGAGGUCGUCAUCUUGGUGUUGAGGAGCCUUGACAACUUCAUUGCGGCCAUCGUGACCAUGGUGAUUUUCCUUUUCCAGGCUUGGUGGAUGACACAUUUCUCUUCCUUCGCGAAAAUCAUGCAGAGACGUGAACAUCAGCGCCAAGCUCCUGGCAUUUGGAAAUUUUACAGAGAGGACCAAGAGCAGUCCGAGAUGCUCAGGAACGUCCUCGCCAAAGAAGCGGAAGAGUAUCCCCACGGCAUGUUCCACCUCCCGCACAUGAGCGGCGAUGCCAGCGCUGCUUAUGCCGCGCAUUACAACCGUGCUGCAAGAAACGUUCUUUUUUCUGCAAAGGCAGAGAACUUUCAAAGGCAUUGCUCGGCCUGCGGUGUGGCCGAGUGGGGCCUUGUAUUGCAGAUAGCUCUCGGCAGCACCAUGCAACCAGCAAAGCCCACUGACCUCAGCCUCGACUUCGCACCCUUUCACGCCAGCACCAGCAUGUUCCAGCUGCCGCGGAAAUUGGUAUUGCAAGUGGGGGUGAUGCAGAUGUACACCCUAGCACUAGUGACUGGCGAGCCUCUGAAGUCAGGGGCACCUCUCGGCUUGGAGGCUUUGCCGGACCCCAUUGGCCUUCUGAGGCUGAACCGUGGAGUUCCAGACUGCGUCCGAGCAGCCGCCCGCAGCGAUGAAUUCUGCACCGUGGUGCAGGAGCCUGGUGCAGCCACGGCCUGGGUGCCGCGACGGGUUUUCUCGAAGGAGCUCGUGCAGUCCGAGGGUGCAGAAGAGGUGGUCCCUGGCCAGUCCUGGUGCGCCUUGCGCUUGGAGCCGCGGUCGAGGAGUUCUGUCAGCCUCGCCGCGCUCUUCCAAACGCUCUCCGCGGCGUCUCUUCGCGCUCGGCUCCUGUCGGCGGGCCCCGAAGUGAUCUUGAUUCCGGAAGCCGAUCUCUCAACUGCGGUUGCCCUUCUAGUACAAGACGGUCAUGCGCUGUGGCCGUCCACUCGCAUCUCUUCACCAGUUUGGCGCGAUGUCAGUGCAAGCGAUCCCGUUGCAAAAGAGCUGGCGGGUGUCUGGAGCCUCGUUCAGAGGGAGCAGCCGUUGGGCACCGCAGUCGCAGAGUAUACCGAUGGUGACGGGCCCUUGCGGCUGCAGGCGCCUUCUGGCCUUUUCGUGGAGCUCUGCAUACCACGCAAAAAAGGCCACGACACAGAGGAAGCCAGCUUCGGGGGCUACUGCCAUGUCGAAGCAAAUGGCCGGCAUCUGCAGUACAUGCAACAGAGGCGGAUCGACUUCCAGCCACCGCAUGUUGAGGUACCAUCCUUUGUGGUGACGCCAAGUGAAGCCUCGAUUGAAGUCACGGCCGUAGGGGCCAAUGAGUUUCGGGAGCUUUGGGCGCGCGUGGGCGCAGCUGGGACACCAGAGUCACCGGAGGUGGCUUCUUUAGAGCUGCAGUCCGAGUCCCCGAAGGGCAAGGUUGCUCGGUAUGGGCUUUGGAUUUUCAUAGGAAUGCGCUUUGCAAGGAUCCUGGGCCCUUCACAGGGCCACGGAGCCGUGGCCAGCGCAUAUUGCCAGUCUUUGGCGCAACUGCGCCAGAUCCGCGGCAAGUCUGUGGUUGACAAAGAGCUCAACGACCUUUAUGAAGCUGUUUUCGGAGUGGUAGAGGAACCGGGUCGCCUGAGGACUUGCAAGAAGUCCCGGUCCCCUGGCCAAGCAGAUACCAUGCUCUUCGAUUACACUGACCCGGAUACCGGGAAGGUCAACGUAGAGUCGGAGACCGUGGUGUACGAAACCCCUGGUGGCAGGACAGAGACAUGGCGCAUUGUGGACUGGACCUUUGACCCCUUCAGCCGCGCUUCCUCUCCCGCUCCUUCGAGAGCCACAUCCCUGGCACCCGACUCUGAGGAAGAGCCUGCUGCCACCUCCAUUGCCGAAGAGGAUGACGAAGAAGAGGGAAUGGCAGUCACAGCCCAGGCUCACGAGCCUGACCCUGAGCGGGAGCUUACCGACAUCGGCGAGCCUUCGGAUGAGGAGCCUGAGCCGGUGGUCGAAGAGAAGCCGGAGAGGAAGAAGAAGGCCAAGCUUAAGGGCAGAGAAGAUGCCGAGGUCAAGCGUCCAGAGAAGGCAAAGAAGAAAGGAAAGAAGCAGAAAGACGCUGACGAUGAAGAAGACGAUGUUGCACAAAAGGAGGUCAAUGAGGAGGAAGAAGAUGAGGAAGAGGACGAGGAGGCCGCAGCCAAAAAGAAGAAAAAGAAGAAGAAGAAAAAGCACAAGGAGAAGAAGCACAAACAACAAGAAAGCCAGUGCGAUGAAGAGGAGGGGAGCGGCGGCGAGUGCGAGGAGGAGGCACAGGAGGAGCUUGCCACCCCAGAGCCCAAAGCGAAGAAGGAGAAGAAGAAGCACAAGAAGGACGAACGCGAAAAGAAGGAGAAGAAGGCGAAGAAGUCUAAGACGCACAAAGCGCGGAAUGCCUUAGCACAAGAGGAUGAGGAGGAAGAGGCCCCCGAGGAUCCCGAGUCGGAGGCUCCUUGUGCCGAUGAGCCUUCAGAUGAGGACGAAGGCGCACUGAUGGCUGAGCUGCGUGCAAUGCGCCUGCGAGCGCGCCAGGACCGUGAGACGACACUCAAAGCAAUGCGAAAGUCUCGUCAAGAGGUGGAGAACGAGUCACCGGAAGCGCCGGCCAGGAGUAAGGCCGGCAAGACCAAGGCCAAGCUCAAAGAAGCCGAAGAUGUGCGGAAGGCAAAGGAGAUCAAGGACAAACAAAAGAAGGACAGAGGUACCCCGCAAAAAGAUAAGGACAAAGGCAUUAAGAAGACGACAGCGAAAAGGAAAGCCAGCAGCGAGGAGCCUCCCAUGGACAAGGCCCCGAAAGAGUUGGUGAAGAAGAAAAGGCGGACGUGA